GAUUAUGGUGCGCUCAGCCUCCCACAAACCGUCUUUUGGGAGCCUCCCUUGUGGCAGCUACCCACCCAGGGCUCCGCCGCGCCUCCAGAGCCCUAGAUUUCUCACCGCAAGUGUGCGUGAUGGCGCCUGACGAUUUCCUGUGCGCGAGGCGUGGCGCGGGGCGUCCGCGCGCCCGCCUCCCUGCCCGCACCACCGGACACCAAGUGGGCGUGUUCCCUGCGCACGCUCGGCAGCCCGCGGGCCCCAGGCGCCUCCUGGCAACCAGACGCCAUCCCAGGCUGAGGGAGCGAGGAGGCCGCAAUGGACCAGCCAGUCAUCGCCAUCACCUCCAAUUCCCUAAGGGAAGACCUGGGACCUGGCAGUUUGGUAGUCACCUCCUCGAAACCAACCCGAAAGACAUCAUCUGUUGAAAGAGAAGGAUGGUGGAGAGUAGCAUUAACAAACACUCCUAUCCCUGGCACUUACCACUUGAAAACUUUCAUUGAAGAAUCCUUAUUAAAUCCAGUGAUACCAACCUACAAUUUUAAAAACGAAGGAAGGAAAAAACCACCUCUUGUGCAAAGAAACGAUCCGGUACUAAAUGACCUUCCCCUAUAUGCGCCUCCUGACUUCUUAGACUUACUUAAGAAGCAAAUGGCCACUUACUCAUUUAGAGACAAACCGCGGUCAAGCCCCAGCACGCUGGUUUUCAAAGAUCAGUCAGUUAAGCUUUCACCAGGGCAAUAUGAUCUACUUCCUACACCGGUUCCCAAGCACGCUUCCAGGAGCUUCGUAUUUCGUUCUACAGUUCAAAGAUUUCCAACAAGCUGCUUCACUCCUCAUGAAGGCCCAGGACCGGGUCAUUACGACUUGAAAAUACCUCCAGUAAAUUCUGUUACUUCCUGUUUUCAAUCCAAAGUACCUCGGUUCCUGCCCACUUGUUCUAAAACCCCCGGCCCAGGAGCGUACAAGUCUUCAGUGCAAUUCCCCAAGCAGGCCCCCACCAUAGCCAAAAUGGGCCGAGAGAAUAGCCUUUUCUUCAACAACACAAUUGGCUUUUAAAAUAAAGCCAUCUUGGCCCUAA